AUGCCAUUCUCAGAGUAUCCCAAGUGCAGCGCCCUCAGCGACUCUCCGCGUAAGGACUCUGCUAGACCCCCGGACGCUCGAAAGGAGGAGAACACCAAACAAGCCCGCGUCAUGCAUGCCACCGCCGCCGAAGGCCACUCCGUACGAUGCUCCAUCGACGACUUCUGGUCGACGUAUGUCGAGCCCCAUGGCUACUACCGCCUCUCGAAGGAAGACCAUGCUGCCAUUAUUGGCCAGCUGACGGACGACCGUCAGUUCUAUGGUGGCAAGUGGAAAGAAUUGCUGCCCCGGAAAACCCUCAAAACCGAGAACGCACACUUCGGCCGUCUAGUCAAAGUCGUCGAAGCCGUGGUGAAUGCUGCUGCCACAUGCCCAUCUGGUCGCUUCGCGCUGGACGGGCGGUCGUCCCUUUUCGAGAGUCGACCGAACGAGGAGACUCUUUCCGAAGUGCCCGGCUCUUCUUUCCACGUCGAUGCCCUGCACUACCUAUCCCAGUCCACCUACGCGCAAAACACUCGCUCCGGGAGCGCACACUCCCAAAUCAUUGAGUCCCUCAGCGACAACUCGAAGCGUAUCAUCAACACGGCAGACGUCGUGGCGUCGAUGGAAGUCAAGAUCAAGCUUACAGCGGCUACUAUGCGUGAUGACGAAGACAAGACCAUUGGUGCUGCGGGUCACUACCUCUACGCCGACAUCCGUCGGAGAUUUCACUUUGCCAUCACCAUCGAGGGCACAACAGCGCGUCUGUGGUGCCACUCUCGCUCGCAUUCCAUCGUCACCGAUGCGUUCGACAUCCAUGAGGACAAGGAACAACUAAUAGAAUGGAUCGUGUUCGUGUCCUUCGCGAAAGAGUACUCGCUUGGCUUCGAUCCGACCGUCAUUCGCGUCGUCGAUGGGACGAAUCAGUGGCAAUACCAGUUUGAUGUCCGCCACGAGGAUGGCGUCGUGCGCACGUACCAGACGGUCGCCAUACUGCACGAGAACUGCGCAGCGUCGCUCUACAGGCGCGCCAUGCGGGUCUUCAAGGUCAAGCGCGUUACGGAAAAGGGCAAGGCCGACACCUUCUCCGAGGAAGACACGCAGGAGUACGCGCUGCGCGAUUACUGGCUCUUCGACGACAAGCAAACCAAACUGGAAUUCCAGAUCCAGAGCGAUCUCAAGGACGCUUUGAAGGCUUCUACGCAGUCGCCGGAGGAACUGGAGGAGGUGUGGCAGCACUUCCUGCAGAUUGUAGCCGACGGUGUGGUGGACUGGGAGACCUUUGUCGACACCGUUCCCGCCCCUCCGGAGAAUGCCGAAGCCUACGAGUACGUAGACGAGCAGAACCCGAAGGGCAGGAAGGCCACCAAGCCUAAGGUCAAGGGCAGCAGUCUUCGUGACAGCGCAGGCUACAUCGGUCCUCAGGUUGUUGCGCCGAAGAAGCCCGAAGCACUGCAACUUCUAGGUCGCAAGCACUGUCGGACGUUGUACCGCCAUGUCUGCACUGACCUCUACAAAAUCAACGAUCCCGCUGUCUUCUUCUUCGCCCUCGAUCAGGCUGUGUACGUCCUGACCUGGUUUCGUCGCAUCGGCUGGAUGCAUCGAGACAUCAGCCCAGGCAACAUCAUGAUUCGAAGCUUGAGAUCCGCGGCGCCCUCUGAACCCCUGUGCAAGCGCUACAUGGUCCAAGUCGCUGACCUCGAGUAUUGUCGAGAGUACACCAGGAUAUCUCGGCACGACCCCCUGACGGGUACGGGCGACUACAUGGCUGUCGAGACGCAACUUCGCAAGCAUAUGUUCCAUGGAGGACUGCGGGUCACAAAGCUGGCAGCCGUCUAUUUUUCCCACAAUUUCCUCCACGACCUUGAGUCUACAAUAUGGAUGGCCCUCGAAUUCGCUAUGCGCCAUGUACCUCGCGAGCUGCUCACGACUAAGCGCUGGCAAGACAUCGGACCGAUCUUGUCAGCCCUGAAGACAUGGGCUGAUGAUAUAUUCCCCAACAGCACUCAGGCGUCGGCGAAGCGAAUCGAUCUCCUGCAGGACAACGCCGCCCAGGCAGAGGUUAAGCACUUGCUUCGGUCGGUCUACGGCGACGCAUCCCCAAUGGCCAGCCUUCCAGGCCUUCUCCCCGAUCUCGUGGAGGUAUACAUGGCUGUUGAGGGACGCCUCGACUUGGAUGACGCUCCGAAGGACAAGGACGGCAAUCCCCAGCGCAUGCCGAAGGAGCUCUUCGACGAGCACGCGAAGAUCUACGAUACUAUCCGCGCUUCCUUCCAAAAAGUCUCAAAGUACUACACCGACCUUGAGGGCCAGGACGCCUUUAUACCGUUCAGGCGAAUCGACCUCGAGUCGGGUAAAUUCAUCGAAAAGCCCUCUCCGUCGCCAUCCGAGGGCACCGCACCCAAAGCCAUGGACGUCGACGAGACAGGACAGGGGGAGGCCGACCAAGACCCCGAGGCCAAGGUGGCACUCGGCCAGAAGCGGAAGAAGUCGACGAAGCGCAAGGUGCAGGACGGGGCCGCACCUCGCUCGAAACGCUCGCGGACUAUAGCACCGGCAGCACCGCCUGCACCGCCUGCAGCCCCACGCCGCUCGCGUAACCGAACGAGGAGCAACGACUCGCAGCAGCCCCUCCGUCGAUCAAGCCGGCUCGCAGAGCGGUCUAGGAGUCGUAGAUAG